CCCGCCCGGGCCCGCCGGGUACGCGCUCAGCGGGCAGCACCAUGCUGCGGGCGGGGAGGCCGCGCCUGGCUAGCAGCUGGGAUGAGAGCAGCUCCAUCAGCAGCGGCCUCAGUGAUGCCUCUGACAACCUCAGCUCCGAGGAGUUCAACGCCAGCUCCUCACUCAACUCCCUUCCCUCCACCCCCACUGCCUCGCGCAGGAACUCAGCCAUAGCACUGCGCACGGACUCGGAGAAGCGCUCGCUGGCAGAGAGUGGGCUGAGCUGGUACGGCGAGGGGGAAGACAAGGCUCCCAAAAAGCUGGACUACGACAGCAGCAGCCUGAAGAUGGAGCAUGGCUCCUCCAAGUGGCGGCGGGAGCCCUCAGAAGGUGGAGAGGAGGGGCCCAAGGGUGGUGAGCUGAAGAAGCCAGUGAGCCUGGGCACCCCAGGAUCCCUCAAGAAGGGCAAGACCCCUCCGGUGGCAGUAACUUCCCCCAUCACCCACACAGCCCAGAGCACCCUCAAAGUGGCAGGCAAGCCUGAGACCAAAGCCACCGACAAGAACAAGCUGUCUGUGAAGAGCACAGGCCUGCAGCGCUCCUCCUCCGAUGCCGGCCGUGACCGCACGGCUGAUGCCAAGAAGCCGCCCUCAGGCCUCACGCGGCCCUCAGCCUCCAGCUCCUUUGGCUACAAGAAACCAGCUCCUGCCACCGGCACGGCCACCGUCAUGCAGGCUGGGGGCUCCGCCACGCUCGGCAAGAUCCAGAAGAGCUCUGGCAUCCCCGUCAAGCCUGUCAGUGGAAGGAAAACAAGCCUGGAUGUCUCCAACGCACCUGAGCCUGGCUUCCUGGCUCCAGGGGCUCGUUCCAACAUCCAGUACCGCAGCCUGCCCCGGCCAGCCAAGUCCAGCUCCAUGAGUGUCACUGGUGGCCGUGGUGCCAACCGGCCGGUCAGCAGCAGCAUCGAUCCCAGCCUGCUGAGCACCAAACAGGGCAGCAUCUCGGUGUCACGGCUCAAGGAGCCAUCCAAGGUUGGUGCCGGCCGAGGCGCGCCGGCUCCUGUGAACCAGACAGACCGUGAGAAGGAGAAGGCCAAGGCCAAAGCAGUGGCACUUGACUCAGAGUGUGGGACAAUGAAGAGCGUCAGCUCACCUGAGAGCACCCCAAAAGUCCAGGCCAACCUCCCGCCAGCGGCCAAGGUGGCUGAGCUGCCCCCCACACCUCUCAGAGCGGCUGCCAAAACCUAUGUGAAGCCUCCCUCCCUGGCCAACUUGGACAAGGUCAACUCCAACAGCCUGGACUUGCCCUCCUCCAGCGAGCUGCACCCCCCCCACACUGCCAAGCUCCAGGACCUGCACCCAGCCAGCGGGCACCUUGCUCCCUGCUUCAGCCCCAGUCCUGCCCCCAUCCUUAACAUCAACUCAGCUAGCUUCUCCCAGGGCCUGGAGCUCAUGGGUGGCUUCAGUGUCCCCAAGGAGGGCAGGAUGUACCCCAAGCUCUCAGGCCUGCACCGCAGCAUGGAGUCCCUGCAGAUGCCCAUGAGCCUGCCCAGUGCCUUUUCAGGAGGCAGCACCACCACCCAGACCCCUGCUGCUGCACCUCCUGCCAGCGCUGAGGAGGAGGAGGAGGAGGCAGGGGAGCUGGGCUGGAGCGGGAGCCCCCGGCUCUCACAUCUGGACAGUGCCAAUCGCGACAGGAACACGCUGCCCAAGAAAGGGUUGAGGUACCAGCUCCACUCCCAGGAGGAGGCCAAGGAGCGGCGCCAUUCGCACGCCAUCAGCACUGGGCUCCCUGAGUCAGAGGAUCAGCAGGAGCUGCCCUCACCCCCCACCCUCCCCAUGGCACUGGUUGGGAAGGGUCCGCUCACCAGCAUCGUGAGCCCCACUGCUGCCACAACCCCGCGGAUCACCCGCUCCAACAGCAUCCCCACCCAUGACUCCACCUUCGAGCUGUACAGCACGUCCCAGAUGGGCAGCACCCUCUCCCUGGCCGACAAGCCCAAAGGCAUGAUCCGCUCGGGCUCUUUCCGGGACCCUGUGGAUGAUGUUCAUGGAUCGGUGCUGUCCCUGGCCUCCAGCGCCUCCUCCACCUACUCCUCUGCUGAGGAGAAGAUGCAGUCUGAGCAAAUUCGCAAACUGCGCCGCGAGCUGGAGUCCUCGCAGGAGAAGGUGGCCACCCUGACCUCCCAGCUGUCUGCUAACGCCAACCUGGUGGCAGCCUUUGAGCAGAGCCUGGUGAGCAUGACGUCCCGCCUGCGGCACUUGGCUGAAACUGCAGAGGAGAAGGACACGGAGCUUCUGGACCUGCGAGAGACCAUCGACUUCUUGAAGAAGAAGAACUCUGAGGCCCAGGCUGUGAUCCAGGGUGCCCUGAAUGGCACUGAUGUCACCCCCAAAGAGCUGCGCAUCAAGCGUCAGAACUCCUCUGACAGCAUCUCCAGCCUCAACAGCAUCACCAGCCACUCCAGCAUCGGCAGCAGCAAGGAUGCAGAUGCCAAGAAGAAGAAGAAGAAGAGCUGGCUACGCAGCUCCUUCAACAAGGCUUUCAGUAUCAAGAAGGGACCCAAAUCAGCCUCAUCCUACUCAGACAUUGAGGAGAUUGCCACACCGGACUCAUCAGCCCCUUCCUCCCCAAAACUGCAGCAUGGCUCCACAGAGACUGCCUCGCCCUCCAUCAAAUCCUCCACGUCCUCCUCUGUGGGCAUUGACACAGCUGAGCUCUUCCAGGCUCACGGUGAGGGUGAGCCAGAGAAGAAGGAGGUGUCAGAGCUACGGUCAGAGCUGUGGGAGAAGGAGAUGAAGCUGACAGACAUCCGCCUGGAGGCCCUCAACUCAGCCCACCAGCUGGAGCAGCUGCGGGAGACCAUGCACAACAUGCAGCUGGAGGUGGAUCUCCUGAAGGCCGAGAACGACCGCCUGAAGGUGGCUCCGGGGCCCUCGGCAGUGCCGGGCUCUGUCCCCCACAUCACCAGCAUGUCAGCCUCCUCACCGCGCCGCUCCCUGGGGCUCACCCUCGGCCAUGCCUUCAGCCCCAGCCUGGGGGACUCAGACGUGUCCCCCAUGGACGCUGUCAGUGCUGGUGCCCAGAAGGACGAGCUGAUGCUGCGGAUUGUGGUGCGCAUGCCUCCCCAGCACAUCAUCAAGGGGGAUCUGAAGCAGCAGGAGUUUUUCCUGGGCUGGACCAAGGUGAGCGGGAAAGUGGACUGGAAGAUGCUGGAUGAGGCUGUCUGCCAGGUCUUCAAGGAUUACAUCACCAAGAUGGAUCCUGCUUCCACGCUGGGGCUCAGCACUGAGUCUGUCUACAGCUACAGCAUCAGCCACAUCAAACGAAUCCUGGACACGGAGCCACCGGAGCUGCCGCUGUGCCGCCGGGGCCUGACCAGCAUUGUUGUGACACUCAAAGGAUUGAAGGAGAAGUGCGUGGACAGCCUGGUGUUCGAGACGCUCAUCCCCAAGCCCAUGAUGCAGCACUACAUCAGCCUCCUGUUGAAGCACCGCCGGCUCAUCCUCUCGGGACCCAGCGGCACCGGCAAGACCUACCUGACCAACCGCCUGGCCGAGUACCUGGUGGAGCGAUCGGGCCGGGACGUCACUGAAGGCAUUGUCAGCACCUUCAACAUGCACCAGCAGUCGUGCAAGGACCUGCAGCUGUACCUCUCCAACCUGGCCAACCAGAUCGACCGGGAGACGGGCACGGCAGACGUGCCUCUGGUGAUCCUCCUGGAUGACCUCAGUGAGGCAGGAUCCAUCAGUGAGCUUGUGAACGGUGCGCUCACCUGCAAGUACCACAAAUGCCCCUACAUCAUUGGGACCACUAACCAGCCUGUGAAAAUGACCCCAAACCAUGGUCUCCAUCUCAGCUUCAGGAUGCUGACAUUCUCCAACAACGUGGAGCCAGCCAAUGGCUUCCUGGUGCGUUACCUGCGGCGGAAGCUGCUGGAGUCAGACACAGACAUCAACGCCAACAAGGAGGAGCUGCUGCGUGUGUUGGACUGGGUGCCCAAGCUCUGGUACCACUUGCACACCUUCCUGGAGAAACACAGCACCUCUGACUUCCUCAUCGGUCCCUGCUUUUUCCUGUCCUGCCCCAUAGGAAUUGAGGAUUUCCGGACCUGGUUCAUUGACCUGUGGAACAACUCCAUCAUCCCUUACCUGCAGGAGGGUGCAAAAGAUGGGCUCAAGGUCCAUGGGCAGAAAGCAGCCUGGGAGGACCCUGUGGAGUGGGUGCGGGACACCCUGCCCUGGCCAUCAGCACAGCAGGACCAGUCCAAGCUGUACCACCUGCCGCCCCCCACCAUCGGGCCCCACAGCACCGUUUCCCCUCCUGAGGAGCGCACCGUCAAAGACACAACGCCCAGCUCCCUGGACUCAGACCCUCUGAUGGCCAUGCUGCUCAAGCUCCAGGAAGCCGCCAACUACAUCGAGUCUCCAGACCGUGAGACCAUGGUGGAUCCCGACCUGCAGUCGACUCUGUGAGGCCCAGACAUGCCAGCCGAGGAGCAGGGGAGCUGCUGCCAGCCACUGCUCCCACGGGCUGCUCUCCUUUUCAUUUGGUAUCCUGGAGUGCAGGGCUGGCGAGCGAGCGGAGAGGAUCAGGGCUCCAGCGCAUUCUGGUGGAGCAUGGGGGAGCUCUGCUCGUCCGUGGGUGCUGUCUCCUAUCCCAACUCUGGGGGUAGGAGAAUCCUGGUUUCCCUUAUUGUUUUUUUCUGUCUCUAUUGUAAACUCUUGGGCUUUUGGGCCAUAGCAACCGAUGCGGCCGAGCCCCUACUUCUGGGAGCUGCAGGAAGGCCCCUGCGUGGGGCAGGGACCCCGUGGGAGCCACCUGGGCCAAAGCCAGGGGGCACAGGAGGAGUGUGUGGCUGCAGGACGAGAGUGUGGGUGUGAGGGUCUGCAUCUCCCUCUGCACCCAGCCAGGCACAGCCGAGGGCAGGCAGCAGAGCUGAGGCUCUGGGAAUCUCCUGCCUCGCUCUGGCCAAGGAGGAGCACAGCUCUUGCUGCUGUCUUUGUAUGUUCCCCAUUUCAUCUGCAUGGCAGCCGCUGCGACCAGGAAAGCCCAAUAAACCCUGCUUUGGUUAUUUUAUUUUUGUUUUUUCCCCUCCCAUUUUCUUUUGGCCGAGUCCAGACCUCACUUUGGUCCCUUUUAUGUUCUGCUUCUUUGCUCUCCUGGCCUGGAGCCCGUCAUCCGGUGCCCGUCACCUCCCUGUAAGCAGCUCCCUUUCCCUUUGGUUUCUUUUGUAGCUGUUGGUUCCACCACUCAAACCACCUCUGUCACAAAACUGGUGCUCACUGGACAAUCUCCAGUCCCUGAACCCACCUCCCAGGGCCUCACAGCUUGCCUGAGAUGCGACAUGGUGGUAGUGGGAUGCUCUCAGGGCAGCCUCUGGCCUGGCAGCUCCCAAAAAGCACAAGGCAGGGUCUGGCCCUGGGGACAGGGUCUCCAACCGUGCCCAAAUGCCACAGGACGCCCCCUCCCCAGGCAUCCGGCACUGCCUGAGGCCUGGGCAUGAGGUAGUCACUGUGCCCCAUCCCUGGGUCCACUUGGUGCUGGGAGCACAACCUGCCACCCUCCCUGUCCCCUCGGUGUUGAGGGGCACAGACUGCCCCUGUCCCCUCAGUACUGCCAGGCCUGGGGGUGCGGGUUACUGAGCUGUUCCAGGGGCUGGUCUCUGUACCACUGGCUCCCCAAGGCUGCCUCCAUGGGGUCUAGCAGGGUCUUGCUGUGCCCCGUGUGUUCUGGGGACACCUAGGGCUGCCACGUGUCCUCUUGGCCUUACUGUGUAAUGUCACAGGUGAGGCUCCUGGCACAGAGGGGAUCAGCCCCAGUGCUGCCAUGGUGCCUUAAUCUCCACCUUCUGGCAAGGGGACACGUGGGGCUUAGGCUGGCACUGCCACAGCCUGCUCCUGCACCAGUGGCCUAUGACUGUCCCCAAAGCCAGCUUGGCUGGAAGGGGACAGGGGUGCUGGCACUGGUCUGAGCAUAGCCUCAUUUUGGUUGGGAAAGGCUUUAAAGAUUGUCAAAUCCAACCAUUAGCCACGGCCAGGCUGGGGCUGCUGCCUUCGACCCCCUCUCCCAUGGUCCAGCUCACCUCCUGCCCCUGGCUGGGGAGAGUGGACCCCAGAGCUGGUUCUGCUGAUCCAUCCUGUCCCCACACCCUGCCAGGCAGCCUCAGGCCUGCUGUGCUGUGUCCGGUGUGGCCUUCAGGGACACCUCCAUCCCUCCCGGGGCAGCUCCAAGGCCUGGUCCUGCCCUUGGUGCUCUCUCAUCUGCUGCUGCGUCCUGGCUGUGGUGCCCGUGCCCCAUGGUGCUCACUUCUCCAUCUAUCCCACAGCUUCCCCCCCUGUUCCCCCUCUGCCACCCAGGACCAGCCAGCCCGGUCGCUUUGCACAGGGAUGUCCCCCCCACGCUGGCUUGGACACCACCAGGGCUUUCCCUUCUCCUUCUCUGUGUAGCGGCUGUGGCCGAGGACUCGCUGUAAAUAGGCCCUGUGUGAGCUGGGGGCCCGGCCCUGCCUCUCUCCUGUCUUUUUUGUACUCUGUGAUAACUGUGCUGCGCUGACUUCUUUUCUGAUUGUACAAGACACCGGCUCAGCAGCCACUCGAGGCCGGGGGUGGGCAACCGGCUCUCCCCUCCAGCCCCUCUCAACCCCUCCUCAGGGCUCGGGGCCCAAGAAGGGGCAAGAUGCACCUUUAGGGGCUGCCCUGGGUUCAGGGGAGCUCUUGCACCUCUCUUGCUGCAGGCAGCCCUGGCUGGGCCUGAAUUUCUUCUCUGACACCGUCAUGGUGUCACCAAAACAUUGACCAAAUUGUCCCUGUCAGCCACUGGUGGGGGGCUGUGCUGCUGGGUCAGCCUUUCUCCUGGGGGGGUUGCCCCAUCCUUUCCCAUAACUUCAGCUGGAGUGUGCUUGGGGUGAGGGCCACGAGGGUGUAAAUCAGGAGGAACCUGCAGAGAGGCUGGGAAGGAUGAGGGCAAUGCCAGCAGGCCGGGGAUGUGCCCUGAGGGGGUUCCUCCUGGCCUACACCCAGUACCCCGUGUCCCCAAGUGUGGCAGUGCUCUGGGGGGACCAGGGAUCCAGCACUGAGGGUCCAUGGAUCACACUAACUCAUCCUCCUGCCCACCCCAAGGGUGCCCAUUACCCCCCAAAGGUGCCUGUGACCCCCACAAGAACCCACCACCUCCAGAGGGGUCUGUUUCCCCAGAGGUGCCUGUGACCCCCCCAAAGGUGCUGGUUCCCCCAAGGGUGCCUGUGACCCCCCAAAGGUGCUGAUUGCCCCUAAGGGUGCCUCUGACCCCUCAGGAGUCCAUCACCUCCCCAGGGUGCCUGCCACCUCCAAAGGUACUGCUUGCCUCCAAGGGUAUCUGUUGACCCCCAGGGAUGUCUGUGACCCCCAAAGGAGCCUGUCACCCCCCAAGGGUGCCUGGCACCUCCAAAGGUGCUGGUUGCCCCCAAGGGUGCCUGUAGCCCCUGAGUGCUGGGAUCCCUCCUGAGGGGCUGGAGCUGGGAGACGCCAGCGCCUCCCCCUUCUGCCCCCUCGAGCUGCUGCCACCCGGUGGCCUGAACCUUACAAUUUUAGCUUUUUUCUAUUAAAAACAAACAAUCUUUUUUUAAUUAAAUAAAAGACAAAAUGGACAAAUUCCUGUUUUAGAUGAUCUGUGUAACUGACUGGGUUUUGUGUUUCUUAACUGCAUGGUAUUCCUGCUGAGGGGUUUUAUAGCACUUUUUAAAUUUCUCUUUAAGAUUUUGGUCCAGAUUUCUACUGCUCUCGCCUGUCUGUCUUUGCUUUUUCCUUGCCUCCAAGUUUGUAAACUCUCUCCAUUUUCUACCUGAUGUUGAGACCCAACCCCACAUUGUACAUAGCUGCGGGAACAAUCAUAGGGAACAAACACCAUCUGGACUCUUUCCACCACUAGUUGUUUUUACUUGCAAGAAAUUUUAAAAGAAGUCUGAGAGGAAGCCAGGGAAAGGCUUGAGGAUAUUCCAAAAGAUAGAAGCAAAUCCAGCCCUGCACCAAGUCAGCUCCUGCUGCCCACGCUGCCCACACCAACUGGCAUGUCCAUUCUCGGUCAUCUGUCUAACACCAUUGGGUUCAAUAAAGUUAU